AUGAAGAUUGAAUUUGCUCCCCGCUCCAUCCCUCUCCGGAGGAGGCUCCAGACGGCUGCGGUGCUGCAGUGGGUCUUCAGUUUCUUGGCCCUAGCUCAGUGUUGCAUCGCUAUCUUCAUCGGCCUCCUCUUCACCCGCUUCUGGCUGGUCAGCGCACUCUACGCGGCAUGGUGGGCCUGGGAUGUGGACACGCCGAGCAGAAGUGGGAGGAGGGUCCACUGGAUCAGGAACUCGGUGGUCUGGAGAUACAUGCGGGACUAUUUCCCUAUCACGCUGGUGAAGACAGCCGAGUUGGACCCUGCGAAGAACUACGUCUCUGGCUUCCAUCCCCACGGGGUCCUGGCGGCCGGAGCCUUCCUCAAUUUCUGCACUGAGGCCUCAGGGUUUUCUAAGCUCUUUCCAGGGAUGUCCCCUUACAUGAUGAUGCUGCACCUCUGGUUCAGAAUCCCCUUCUUCCGUGACUACUUGAUGACUGGAGGUUUCGUCUCAUCUGACAAGGAAGCUGCUGCCCACGUCCUGAAGAAGCCGGGAGGAGGGAACAUGCUCAUCAUUGCCGUUGGAGGGGCUCAGGAAGCCCUGGACGCACGGCCCGGGGCCUUUACACUGCUGUUGGCAAACCGGAAGGGCUUUGUUCGCCUGGCGAUAGAACAUGGGGCGCCACUUGUCCCGGUGUUUUCCUUUGGUGAGAAUGAACUGUUUGAUCAAGUGGAAAACCCCAAGGGUUCGUGGCUGAGAUGGACCCAAGAGCGCCUGCAGAAGAUCAUGAAAAUCUCCCUGCCUCUCUUCCACGCUAGAGGGGUUUUCCAGUACAGCUUUGGGUUGCUUCCGUAUCGGCGGCCCAUCUACACCGUGGUUGGAAAACCCAUCCAAGUUGAAAAGAAACACAACCCAAGCCAAGAAGAUGUAGACGAGUUACACAGUAUAUACAUGGAAGAGCUGUGCAAACUUUUUGAAGAGCACAAAUUGAAGUACAACGUUCCUGAGGACAAGCACCUUUCCUUCAUAUGA